AUACGCCAACUGCGUCCCUACCUGGACUGAAAGGACCUUGAAGCAGUAGUACAUGCUCUGCUGCCAUGGAUGACUGGAAUAGCAGUAACAAACUUGUCCAGAGGCUGGAUUUUUCAAGCUGUGGAGAAGACAUAGAGUUGGAAGAGGACAAUAGCAUGCAAGAGGAAGAACUGAGACACGUCACCCCAAGGAAAAGCUGGGAGUCUCAGAGCUGGCGAUCAAACUGUCCUGUUCCUGUUACACCACAGCGACAACUAAAUGAUUUCUCCCAAGAUCUUUCAAAGUCUUGGGCAAGUCCUGUCAGAAAAGCCAAGGAAUCUCGGAGAAAGAACAUCACACCUUUGGAAGAUUACCCUGAGACUCCUUUGCACUAUGUCACAUGGCAAAAGCUGCAGCUCUGUGAUACCCCCAACACCCCAAAGAGCCUCCUGAGCAAGACAGCUUUCCCUUCACCUGUGGGAAAAUUCUCCCCCAAAGGGAUAAGAAAUUUGCGGUUCAACUCAUGCACAGAUGCCGAGGAAUCUCCCUCAACGUCUUUGGUUAACAUUAAUCCUUUUACACCUGAUUCAUAUAGACAGAUGAUUUUCCAUCCCUGUGGAAAGAGGAAAGCUAGAGGAGAGCUGGAUGAUCCCAGGCAAAAAGGGGGCCCGAUGGAGUUGGGCUUGCCAGCCAAGAGAUUUCUUUUGCGUGAAAGCAACAUGGUUUCUCGUUACAAGAAGGAAUUCCUGGAGCUGGAGAAAAUUGGUGUAGGGGAAUUUGGUUCGGUAUACAAAUGCAUCAAAAGGCUGGAUGGGUGUGUUUAUGCCAUCAAACGCUCAAAGAGACCACUUGCUGGAUCCUCAGAUGAGCAAAUGGCUUUGCGGGAAGUCUAUGCCCAUGCAGUGCUUGGCCAUCAUCCCCAUGUGGUGCGCUACUAUUCAGCGUGGGCAGAAGAUGAUCACAUGAUCAUUCAGAAUGAGCACUGCAAUGGUGGGAGCCUUCAAGAUGUUCUUCUGGAGAACUUGAAGACAGAGGAUUAUUUCAAAGAAUCUGAGCUGAAGGAGAUCUUGCUGCAAGUCUCCAUGGGGCUGAAAUAUAUUCACUCUUCUGGCCUGGUUCACAUGGAUAUCAAGCCCAGCAAUAUUUUUAUAUGUCACAAGCUGAUUGCACUCACGGGGGAGGAGGAGAGUGACAGUGAAGAUGAUGGGUUUUCCUCUUCUAGUGUGGUAUAUAAAAUUGGAGACCUUGGACAUGUGACAUCCAUAGCUACUCCACAAGUGGAGGAAGGAGAUUGCCGCUUCUUGGCCAAUGAAAUCUUGCAAGAGCAGUACUGCUAUCUGCCCAAGGCGGACAUCUUUGCUCUUGCAUUAACCAUUGCUCUAGCAGCAGGUUGUGACCAAUUACCUGCCAAUGGUACUAUGUGGCACGACAUCCGCAAAGGCAACCUUCCAGUAAUCCCUCAGCAGCUGUCACAUGGCUUUACAGAACUGCUCAAGCUUAUGAUCCAUCCUGAUCCAAUUAUGAGACCAUCAGCCACUACACUAACCAAACACCCUGUCCUCCGGCCUUCUAUUGGGAAAGCUGCCCAACUUCAAAAGCAGCUAAAUGUGGAGAGAUUCAAAACUGCUAUGCUGGAAAGGGAGCUGAGGGCAGCCCGCCUAGCUCAGACCUUCAAAAAGGACCAGGCCAUCAAAAAAGACCUGUCUUUGGGAUGUGCCAGGCCUCAAGAAACUGGAGCCAAUUCAAAGCUUAAGAACAACAAGAAACGCCUGGUGGGAGGGAAAAAUGCUCGGUCAUUCAGCUUUACUGCUGGUGGCUACUGAAGACAGUUAUUCAGAUUUCUCAGGUUACAGAAGCAUGUCCUAGCGAAAAACCAGCAUAGUUGGCUUUUAUUUUUUCCAUCAUGACUGCAAGUAUGAUGAUGCUGAAUCUCAGCCUCUGAUCCAUCAUAUUUCAACAUUAUCAUCUGUUUUCAAACCUAGUCUGUCUGUCCCUUUUGCCCUUUGGACCUGACAGUCAUAGCUGGUUUUAUGGUGAGGCUAGUAAAACCAUGAGAACAUGAGGUACAGGAAUAUCAUGUCAGCUUCUUCAGACAUUACAUCUCUUAAAACUAAUGGGUGUAUUUUCUCCAUAGGAUUGUCAGAAGAACAUAUAACUUUAUUUCCUUUCUUUCACUUUUAUAUUUGCCUAUUUUAAGGUCUUUUUGUGUUAAUCUGUUUCUAAAAAAGAUUGGAAAUAGCUGUGUAUUUAAAGAGGAUACAUCUUAAGCAGUUGGCAUCUUCCCACAGUUGGGGAUGAGACUAUUAUAUAUGAAGCUAUGCCAUCAUUCUAACCUUUCAGUCUCUUAAGGACCAGAGAAACUUACUAGUGGUGAACUACAGCUCUCAUUGACUCUAGCCAGCAUUGAUUUUAUGUUGAAGGAUCAUGGGGGCUGCAGUCCUGAAAUAUCUGGACUACAGUUACAGUGACUCAGUCCCCCAGACAAGAACAAAAUAUAUUUAAUAUUGAGAGUUCUAAAAAACAAGACCUUUGAAAUUAACAAGUAGUUCUUUUGACAACAGGUGUUGAGGAAAAUGUCUCUCUUUCCUUGUGCAACAGUAGGUAAGGUACAGCCUGGCUGGGACAUGGAGGACUUUAUUCUUAAACAGUGAUGAGUUGAGUGGCUGACAUACCUAAUGAAUAAAGGCUUGUAAGCGUCUGGAGUGGGGUGGAUUUUUAAGCACACUGGAAUGGAGGUUGAAAUGCUUUUUGAAAUGCCUUCAUUUUCUGGGGAGUACGUUAUGUAAAGUGUUCAUAAUAAAAUAAAGUAAACCUUAUGCCCCUGUUAUAGUGUUAGCUUCUGAUAUUGUUUCAUGAUCCAGACCAACAGUUCAAUUGGCUUCUCUAUUUCUUAGACCUGACUAUUGGGGCAAUAUUUUUAGUGGGGGCUUCCAACGUUUCCGUCAACUGUAUGAGUUCCCCAGACUUCUCUGAACAUGGUUUUAGUCCUAGCUGUUGGUUACCAUAAACUUUUUUUAUUGUUGUUUUUCAUGUUUUUCUUUAAAAAAAAAGAAAGGAAAGCAUAUGAUACUUUGAAUAAAACUUUAGUCUUAUUUAUUUAACCAUGUACUGUAUGUGUGGGGGAAUUUCUUUAAGUUCAUACAAGGAUUAUGUCUUUAGUCCCUAUCUUGAAUAAUUUGAGGCUGAUUUUAUAAAUAUAUGUACCUCCUUCUCAACU